AUGUCGCGCAACGGAUUCGCAAUGGCGCCACGCAAGGCUGCGCGCUGGACGUCGCAUCUGCGUCAUUUUAGCCGAGCAACCUCAGAGACGCUCCCGGAAGAGGAGGCCCUUCCCGGCGAGAUGGGCCCCAGCAGCCCGUAUUCGGGUGCGCCCCAGUCAGCCCUGUCGCCUCAGCGUCCGCGGUCGCCCGAUUCGGUGUCCAGCAGUGCUACGAUUCGAGAUCCCUUCUCUUCGGCCAAACAGACGCCCAAGUUUGAGCGCAUAUGCACAGUCACGGUAAAUGAGGCCUUUACCCGGGAGGAGGUGAUGGUUAACCUCGACCAUUUCGACGACAGCGUCCAGCCGGGCCAGCUGAUGGCCAUUGACGUGCUUCCAGACCAACGACCGAACUUUGGAAGCUACCGACGGACGGCCGUGCGAAAGGACGAGCACGCCUCGUCUCCGGCUGACGCUGCAGACGCGGCCACAACACCGUCUGCCACGACGGCUGACGGGGCCGCGUCCCAGCCGGAGCUGAACACGCAACGCCGAUAUCUGUUUAUCGUUAAGGACAUGGACAUGAGGCUCAAGUUGCGCCACCCUUCGGUGGAGAUAUAUGUGGCCAAGCACAUUGCUGAUGCCUUUGGCAUGAAGAAGAACUCGUCGGUCGAUGCAAGCAACCCUGCCAUUGAGGCGUCCCAUGCCGAGCUCGUCUUCAAGGACCAGUAUCUCUCCCGGGCGGAUAUGUGGCGUCUUGCCGUCGCAGAGCUCUCGGAGCGGACCAUUUACAGCGGUCAACGUGUGCUUUUUAUGAGCACGAUCAAGGCGACGGUCACAAACGUCUACGUCGAGGGCCGGAGGACCCAGUCUGCCUUUUUCGGCAAGAACACACGCCCCAUCUUCCGCAGCGAGUCUGCACGCUAUGUUCUCUUCAUACAGAUGGCCCGAGAAAUGUGGGACUUUGACUCGGACGGCUCUGGCGAGAUCAUGUUCAGCAAGGUCGUCAACGUCUUUCUCCCAACCCUGUUCAAGACAUGGGCAGCCAAGCUGGUGAAGCACCUCGUGACCAUUGUCCUGUUUGCCCGAGUUGAGUACGAUGCCGGCCUGUCCUUUGAUCUAUCCGAGACGUCUGUUCGGCACGACUACUACACGGGCGUUCAGUCAUCCGGCAAUCGACGUCCGUACAAGGAUUUUUACCGGGUGGUUGUCAGCGAGAUGGCCAGCGGAGAAUGGACAAGAAUUCUGCACCAGCUGAAGCGCGAAUUUAACAUGUUCCGUCGUGAUAUCAGCCUUCACCAUCUGACCCAUCUUCGGCCAGAUACAGCUGCCUCUAUGGCGGACGACACGACGAAGAAGCCCUCGACGGCGAAGCAGCAGCAGCAGCACAUCCAGGCCGAGUCUACGCCGGCAAUGUACGGCAACGUGCUCGAGGCCAUCCACAUGGCCACAACUCUCUAUGCCUACGACUAUGUGGACCGCGAUCUGACGCGCACUGGCAUCUCGGUCGCCAUCAUCACGCCUGGAUCGGGCGUGUUCGAGGUCGACUACGACGCCAUGCGCCGGACAACGGAGGCCGUGAUUGGAAACGGCAUCGGCAUCGAUCUGAUUUGUCUGCCGAAAAUGCCUCUGCAUUGCGCUCCACUCUUUCGCUUCCGACACCCACGCUACCUGGAGAGGGGCAUGGGCAAGACGAGGGCCUUUUCCAGCCAUAGCCAAAACCACGACAGGAGUCCUGGGAUCAGUGGAAGCACCCCGAAGCAGUCUGCCGCGCUCUUUGGAAGCUACUCUAGCAUCGGUGGCAGCUCGCUGUCUCCGAGCAAGGCAACAGAUGCAACCGUGCGGGGCUACGAGCCCGUGCAGUCAGACAGAUUCAGCGAUACCUGGUCCUAUGCCUUUCCACAAUGGCUGCACGUGUCGUAUCUGGCCAGCGAGCCGGGCGAGAUGCUGAUGCGUCAGGGCGUGCCACCGCCGCCGAUUGUUAACUAUGAUAUCUGUGCAAACGGGAGGACUUACGAGAAAGAGUUCAGAGUUCGUUGCCGGAUGUACGAUCUGCAGAUGCGAGGCGUUCUCGAGACGAACGAGAUCGAGACUGCGCCGUUGCAUUCGGAUGUGCUCUUUCCACGCAGCGCAUUUCGUCCUUCGGCCGGGUCUCCCAAAGGACUGGCCGUCGAACGUGACGGCAUUCUGCAUGUCCGGAACAAGGUGCCUGCGAAUGUGUUGUACGAUCAGGUCUUUGGGUUUCAGAGAUUCUCGGCAGACAAGAUUGCGAGGCAAGACGCAAAGUCGUUGUGGAAGCAGCUACAGGACUACGACGGGACACGCCAGAAGCUGCCGACGACACGGCGCACUGCCGGUCAAGCCCCGGUGUCAAGCGGCAGGAGGGAGCUGGUGGACACAACCUCUGCAUCGUCGACGACAUUGAGGACUGCGUUGAAGAAGCAGCAGCUGUUGUCUGACGCGGAUGCCACGGCCCACGAUAAUCGUGAACUCUCGAUGAAGGGUGCUCGUAGCAACAGGCUCCGGACCGUGUCGUCUGCAGAUCCGACAGGCCUGGGAACGGAAAGGAAAGCGCACAGCACAAGAACGCAACCGGGCACUGGAAGGGACAGCGUAAGCUCGCAGUCUUCGGCCAAGAUGCCCAAGGCCAUGCGUCAGAUCAGCUUGGGCCAGAGAGGAUUCGGGGUGGCCGCACCGAAAGCAGCGGUUGCGGAAAUCAGCGUGGAGACCGUGGCUGCAGCUGUUGCCCACCUGGCACCGCCAUCGAUCAAGGUCCCCCCGGCCAUGGGGAUGCCAAAGGCACUGGCAAUCACGGCCGUUCCGGGCAGCUCGUUUGCGGGUGGAUCCGGGUUCCCGAAAACGGACAGUACGAUUCCUGGCUCUCUGCAGAGGUCGGCGUCGGGGAUCAGCAUAGCGGCCUGGGGCGGAUCCAACGGCGGCAGCAGGGCGUUUCAAGGGGUGGCCAGUCAGCCGAUUGUGAUCCGGAGUGGCCAAGGACCUGCCGAUGCGGCGGUGCAGCGAGUUGCCGGCUCUCCGCUCUCGACGACGAUGAUAGGACGUGGCGUCGCGAUGCCGGGCCAGGAUCGAGACGUGAGUUAUUCCAACGCGCUUCGGGCGGAAGACGAUGUGCGUCUGUACAAUUCGAAGCUCCUUGCCGAGGCGGUGCCGGAGGUGACCAAGAUCCUGUCGCCGACAGAGGCGCUGAUGCCGUGGCUCGCGAUGAUCAACCCGUCGAAGCCGGAGGCGAACCGGAUCGAUCUGGCGUCGUUCAACAGCCGGUGGCAGCACGUAUUUCCGCGGCCCGGAGAGCAGCGAGCGAUGAAGUGGAAGACGCUCUGUGCGCCAGCAGCGGUGCCGCUGACGACGGAGUCGUUCCCGUCCAAGGAGCAGCUCCAGAGCGAAUACCAGCGGCAGCCGUACAGCGUCUCGAUGGAGGCAGACGACGACAUGCUGUCGGAAGAGCCGGCGACGAACGAGGAUCUGCUGCGAGAACUGAUCAGCCGGCGAUUUGCACAGGGCUUCCAGGUGGUGAUCGGGCCGGCGGUGGCCAAGGCUUUUGGGGUGAAGCAGCUGAAGAUUGCCGACAUCUUCUGUCCGGGACGCUUCAUCGAAGAUGGAGAGAGCAUCUUCAUGUGCAUGGGCAACACGAUACACCAGCUGUCCUGCACCAAGGCAGCCGGGGUCGAGGUCAACAUCUUCCAGCGGAAGACAGCAGAGCUGGGCAGCAGCGGCGGCACAAUGUCGAUUUAUCGGCCGGCAAUCCGCACGCUCCUGGACCACGACUACGAGACCAGCGAGAUCGAUCUGGUUCCGCAGCAGGCGGAGCGCAACUGGAACUACAUCGAUUCGUAUCUGGCCGGCCACGACGAGCAGCUGAAGGAGAACCUCCGGUUCUGGCGGGCGCGGUUUGUGCUGAUACCGAUGUCGGCCAAGUCAGCCACAGCGACGGCCGGAGACAGCGAGGAAGAGCUGCGGCUGGAAGGCAUACGGCGACUCGGGCAGCUCUGGCAGAAGCACCGGGUGGUGCCGGCGUCGGAGCGGCGGUUCCAGCACGUCGGACAUGGGCGCAAGGGUACCAAUCCGCUCGACGUGGUGUACAAGACGGAGGAUCCGUCCCUGGUGAUUGCAGCCGAGCUCGAGACGCUGCCGCUCUUCGAGGGGCUCGAUCCGGGCAACCGCAAGGGACAGCUGGUGACGAGCAGAGAGCAGUUCCGCAAGGGCAGCGUGAACCUGGCUGCGCUGGCCGAGGCGAUCCAACAGCCGGUAGAAGCCGGGGGCAUCCGGAUGCAGAACCGGCGCUGGCAUCUGCGGCUGCACCACAACUGUUUUAUCGGCUCGGACAUGACGAGCUGGCUGCUGGACAACUUUGAGGACCUGGAGAGCCGCGAAGAGGCCGAGGAGCUAGGCAACAUGCUGAUGAUCUCAGACGAGGUCAACCUGGCCAGCGGCAAGGGACGGGACAAGGAAACGGAGGAGUCCGGUCCGGUGUCUGAAGGCAGCACAGAAAACAGCGGCAGUGGCGGUGACUUGGGAGCCGGUGCAGGAGAAGGAGGAUCUAGCAAAGACAGCAAACGCGGACAGGGCAUAUUUGUGCACGUGGAAAGACGGCAUCCGUUCCGCGACGGACAGUACUUUUACCAGAUCGGAGGCGAGUUUGCGAAGCCCCAUCUGGGCAGCUGGUUCAACGCCCGAAGGCGAGAGGUGUCGGCUCCGUCGACACCGAUGACGACAGAGCACACAAGCCAGCGCGAAGCGACACGGGCGGCGAUGCCGUGGCCAGUGGCAGCACACGAAGACACAGUGCCGACGUCGGGGGCGUCAACGCCGACAGUGCCGGUGCCGUCGGGCAAGAAGCCGCGGGUGGUGCUCAGCAAGGUGAUCAAGUACGACGUGGACCACCGUCGACGAUCAUACCGACCGGAGCGGAUAGACCUGCACUACGACCGGCUGCACAACCCAGACAACUGUUACCACAUCCGGCUGGAGUGGAUGAACGUGACGGCGAAGCUGAUCGAAGACGUGAUCGAGUCGUGGACGCGGGAGGCGCUGCAGUUUGGGCUGCGACUGGUCGAGGUGCCGAUCCACGAGGGCAGUCUGAUCAGCGAGCGGAAUCCGUUCCGGCGGCCGUAUAAAGUGCGACUGGCGCGGCAGCCGCCCAUGGCACAGCCGUCGACGUACUUUGACCCCAAUUCGCUGGCACCACGGCAGCUGCCAGGACGGCACUUUUACCAGAAGGCGAUCCUGCGCAGGUUUGGUUUUGUGCUCGACACCGAGGCGGCAUCCAACUUUCCGGCCAACGUGGACGUGAGCUACUCCUGGGGCCGGCCGGACUACAAGUACACGCAGUACAUUCACCGAUCGGGCGUGGUCCUGGCCGAGAUCACGACGGACGGCAACUUUCUGGUGCUGGCCAACCGGCUGUACAGCAGCCGGACGACGGUACGGGAGAGCAGUGCGCGCAGCAGCGAGCCACAGCCACAGGCGCCAUCGCAACCGCAGGCACCACAGGGCGCAUCGUUUGGAAAGGCCGAGGCAACGCCGCUGCAGUCGCCGAUGCUCAAGUCUACCCGGGUUGGCUCGCCCCGGAUGCGGGCUGCGGGCACAGAGACAAAGGCAGGCUCAGGCUCAGGCUCAGGCUCAGGAUCGGGCAUCGGGAUCGGGAUCGGACUGCUGCACAAGGCCAGCGCAGCCACAGGAGCAGUCGGCACGGCCGGGCUGUCAGCAGCAGCAGCCGCCGCCGCAGCCGCCGCAGCAACGACACAGUACGUGGUCGAGCCAGAGGCGAUCAUGGAAGAGCUCGAGACAUUCUGCUCAGACGAGGCUGCGCUCGAGAUGUUCUACCGGGAGACGCUGCUGGAGAGGCAGACCGGGUCGAUCACAGCAACGCCAGUCGUUGGCCCGCUGACAGCAGCCGCAGCUGCAGCCGCAGCAGCUGUGCCAGACACGAGCAUUCCCGCAUUGGGGCUGCCACCAGGAAUUCUCAGCAGCAGCAGCAGCAUAAUGGGAGGAGGCGGCGCGGAUGACGAUAACGGCAACGGCAACGGCAACGGCAAUGGCAAUGGCAACAACCACUUUGGCAGCCUCCUGCGCAACGCCAACUUCCGGUUAGAUCUGGCGGCGAUCGACUCGGGCACUUCUAGUCCUAGUCCGCGCACGACAAGCCCUGCCUUCCUGUCAUCGCGCUUGCUGUUCCGACGUGGCAGUGUGGACGACUACGGACGACAGCAGCCGCAGGAAUGA